UAGUAAUACGCGGCAAAUGAGUAGCAUCGCGGCGCAUUGAGUAGCAUCGCGUCAUUGCUGUACUAAAACUAAAAAAUUGCCGUAUUCGUAUUCCGCCAUUUUGAAAGCUGCGAGUCGAAAGUGGAAUUUGGACGCGUUGCUGGAUUCUCUUUUUCGAUUUCAAUAUGAAGCGCCAAAAAUGAUUGAAAUGUGUGAAUCGUCAUCUUGAAAAGGUUUUGUUUCUGUUGAUUGAAAUUAAAGUAACUGCAACACGUAACAAAGAAACAACCAAAACAAAACAAAAUACAAGAAGGAAAGAAAACGUUAAACACUAACGAAGAUUAAUUUCUGAUUAACAAAACAACACAAGGAAGAAGCCAGAAAACAGCAGAAAAAACCACGGUGCAGUAAUUUGUAUCUUUAAAAGCAGCCGCAAGGAACCGCAAUCAAUCAACAAACUAUAAACAGACAAACAACAAACAAAAGGAACAUGGAUAAAAAUCUAAUGAUGCCCAAGCGUUCGCGCAUGGACGUUAAAACCAACUUUGCCAAUGGCCCACUGCAGGCGCGACCAUUGGUUGCCCUGCUGGAUGGACGCGACUGUUCGAUCGAGAUGCCCAUACUAAAGGAUGUGGCUACAGUGGCCUUCUGCGAUGCACAGAGCACAUCCGAAAUACACGAGAAGGUGCUGAAUGAAGCAGUUGGCGCAUUGAUGUGGCACACCAUCAUCUUGACUAAGGAAGAUCUUGAAAAAUUUAAAGCUUUACGCAUCAUUGUGCGCAUUGGCAGCGGCACAGACAACAUCGAUGUUAAAGCCGCUGGCGAGUUGGGAAUUGCAGUGUGCAACGUCCCCGGCUAUGGUGUCGAGGAGGUGGCAGACACAACAAUGUGCUUGAUUUUGAACCUAUAUCGGCGCACCUAUUGGCUGGCGAAUAUGGUGCGAGAGGGCAAGAAGUUUACCGGCCCUGAGCAAGUGCGAGAGGCGGCGCAUGGCUGCGCACGUAUUCGUGGCGAUACCUUAGGAUUAGUUGGAUUGGGUCGCAUUGGUAGCGCUGUGGCGUUGAGGGCAAAAGCAUUCGGCUUCAAUGUUAUAUUCUACGAUCCCUACCUACCCGAUGGCAUUGACAAAUCGCUCGGCCUCACACGCGUCUAUACCCUGCAGGAUCUGCUCUUUCAGUCCGACUGCGUCUCACUGCAUUGCACGCUUAACGAGCACAAUCAUCAUUUAAUCAAUGAAUUCACAAUUAAACAGAUGCGACCUGGAGCAUUUCUGGUGAACACCGCCCGCGGCGGUCUGGUUGAUGACGAGACUUUGGCGUUGGCACUGAAACAGGGACGGAUAAGAGCAGCCGCAUUGGAUGUGCACGAGAAUGAACCAUACAAUGUAUUUCAAGGUGCACUGAAAGAUGCUCCAAAUCUGAUUUGCACACCACACGCCGCCUUCUUCAGCGAUGCAUCCGCAACGGAGCUGCGCGAAAUGGCAGCCACCGAAAUACGACGAGCGAUUGUCGGCAAUAUUCCAGAAGUGCUGAGGAAUUGCGUUAACAAGGAGUACUUCAUGCGCACGCCGCCCACAGCUGCGGCCGGCGGUGUUGCGGCGGCUGUUUAUCCCGAAGGAUUAAAUGGCGGCUAUUAUACAGGCGCACUGCAUCAUCGGGCACACAGCACCACACCGCAUGAUGGUCCCCACAGUACAACAAAUCUUGGCGGCAGCAGCAGUUCUGCCUUGGCACCGCCUCCGCCCUCCGCUGGCGCUAACUCCGUGGCCGCAGCUGCUGCUGCUGUGGCCGCGGCAGCUGCCGCGCUCCUGCCGUCGCCGGUUCCGCCGAACGCUGCUGUGCCAACGGUGCCACAUUUGUCGCCGCAAGUUGGUGGAUUGCCGCUUGGAAUUGUGAGUAGCCAAUCGCACCUGAGUGCGCCAGACCCUAAUAAUCAUCUGUCAUCGAGCAUUAAAUCCGAAGUAAAGGUCGAGUCAACGGAGACGCCGUAGGCUUGCUGCGUCGUUGCUGGAGGAGGCGAAAUUGGUGUGGCAACGGACAGUAACAUUAUGGAAAUUCACGCGGAUGACAGACAGGAGGCAGGCAGUCAGAAAGUCAGAUCUACAUAUACUGAAUCUUAAGUUAAUAUCUGUGCAUUUCGCAUAGCCAGACAUACAAACGUGAUCUUAUAUUUGUUGUAAAACCAAUCUACAAUCACAUCAUCUGCAUCUGUAUCUCUUCUGUAUCUGUAUCUGUCCAUCACAUCUAUCUGUCUGUCUGUGCCUGUGCCUGGCCCCCCUGUAUGCCAGAUUCAUGCGCACCAGCCUUUGAUUUGAUUUUUUCCAAGUUUCUAAGUUAUAAUUUAAAAUACGAUACAUAUUUGCAUUACCAACCCUAAAAACAAAACAAAACAAAAAAUCUAAUGAGAAACCCAAAACAAAAACACACACACAACACGCCUCAAAAUUAACUACGUAUGUAUUUAGAAUUUAAUUUGUAACUAUUUAGAAUUUUACAGUUACAAUUUAAGACUUUUAUUUGUAUUGCAGCAAAUUGUAAGAGAAAAUAAAAAUAUGUUACCUACAUAUAAGCGCAAAAACAAAACAAAAACACAAAAUGUUGGAAAAUUUUAACUAAAAAAGAAAAGAGAAAAAAAAAACAAAAUUUAUGGCAUACAAAAACAACACACAAGAGAGACGUUUAGUGCUUAAGAUACGUUUAAAGUACAUAAUAAAAAACAAACGCAGUGUAUAUCUUUGUGUAAUAUAAAUUAGUUGCUUGACAAGGGGUUCCCAUGAAAUUUUGCGUUUGAGUCCAAUUGAAAAGCCAUUUCCCAACAUAUCCAGUGAAAAAACAACGUAUUUUUAGGUAUGUAAACUUUUAUUUGAGUCAGUUAUACACAAAGGUUUCUUUCGGGUGGAAUACUAUUUUAAAUGCUACAUAACACCAGUUCUAAAUUAGCACAAACUACACAGCGUCAAGACAAUUUGCUUGUAUUUGUAAUACAGUUUUUGCGUUUACAAUUAAAAUCUUUUAAUAAAGUAUUGUGUAGGUAGGUUUCUUUUUUGUUUUUAGUUUUUUUUUAUUGUAAAAUUCCUCAAUAUAAUAUGUAACAUUUAACACACGGCCAUUCUUCCAAUGUCGAAGGUCCAUCACGUUUUCACUUAAUUUUAAACGAUACUAUCUAAAUUUUAGUUUUGUUUUCUACGGAAUGAACAACAGUUACAUACAUGAGAGUCGAGUUGAAGAUAAAGUAUUGGAUCUGCUGCACGGGGCACAUUCACAUUUAGAGUUAUGCUAAAGUUAUACACUAUACAAGUAACAAUUGAAGUUUAUUUUUGAGCUAGAAUUAAGCUUGUCGCGAAACCAUGUGCAUACAAUACGGGCGCCUAACUAACUGGUCAAAACACAUGACUAAUUAUUUGCGGGGAUCUGUGUGUGAUUGUGUAUAAAUGUAGUGUCAGUUCUAACAACUAUGCAGGGACAGGACAGCAAUAUUAAUCAAGUCCGUAUGCAAUAGAAUAUGAGUCGAGACCCAAGUAUCUAAAUGUAUAUUUGUAUGUCUGUACUUUUCAGUAGUAUUGUAUUGGGUUUUUUAAAACCAGGAAUAUGUUGAAAUGUCUUUUCUUCUUUCUUUUGUUUUUGUUUUGUAUCUUGUUUUUUUGUACACUUGUGUGUUGUGUGUAAACAGGUUUUAUCAAAAGCAUCAAGUUCGUACAAUACUUAUAAUAUGUCAAUACCCACCGAAUUGUGUGGGCGUUUUACUUAAAAACGAGAAUAAAAUCAACAACAUUGAAAACAUGGUCCACGAUCAACUUAAAAGAAUCGCGUCAGCCGUGGCCUCAUAAUACGAAAGACGCCAAAAAAGACCGAGACCAAUGAGACCGUACUUGAAGGUGUUCUUGCAGACCCGUUGGCCAAGGCUCGCUUGUGGUAUUUCGAGUAUGGCUGGAAUCUUUUCGGGAUCUACUUCGCCCCACAUUUUUGCAAUGCCGUUGGCAUGACCAAUGCCUACAACGCCAACAACACGUACGGGACGGACCUGAUGGGCGCCAGGUGCAGCUUGCGGCAGAGCUGCCAGUUGCAGAGAAUGACACAAAUAUAGAUCACGUUCACGCACAAACACAUCGGAGAACGCAGGAAAUUCGCCGGCCAUUUCUUGCAUAAGUUUCUCCAACAAGUCACGCUGCUUGCAUUCCUCCACCUCCUCGAUGCUAAUGCUAUCCGUGAAUGUCAAACGCCAGACCAACUUCAUGGUCUGCCACAAGGAUAAAGCGCGCAGAGCACGAUAUAGUGUGAUGCGUAUUGGACGAUCACCGAGAUGCAGAAUACAGCCCGGCAACUUGUGUAUUUCCUCGAAGGCGCGUCGAAAUUCACCACCAGGUGCCAUGCCCAGGUCCUUGGCAAUCUGAGCACUCAUUUGUAAUAGCAAAAUGAAGAAGAUGCCAUUGAUAUAGCCAUGAGUCUGAAUUAUGCCGCGUAUCUAUAAUGCAAAUACUUGAUAUGAAAGUUGUUUCGAGAUUAAUAAAUAUGUUUUCGUAGUUACCUUGGGUAUGUUGAUGUUCUUUGCCUCCUCCAGCAGUGUUUUCUCAUCAAGUUUCAAUAUGUGUACACGCGAUGGACAUAGCUCAACCAUGACCACAUCUGGACGGACAUUUCGAAUGAC